AUGAUUCUCUCUCUUGCCUGCGUAUGUCUUGCCGCGUUCGUUUGGGAGGUUCGCGGGGACUUUGUGUCGGUCAACUACCACAAGUACAACAAUGGCGACUUCGGCCACCGUCCCCAUCUCGAAUUCCACUCAAGUAGGGAAUAUUCGCCCGUUCUGCAAGUCAACAUAUGGGACCAGGAUGCUAUAUCUAAAGAAGGCUCCCAUAUAUUUCUCCGACAUGACGGUAAUGAAUCGUCGCCCCUCUCAUCACCGCUCAUCCUGGACGCCAACGACCUGAGUGCUGUAUUUAUGAAUCGAUCUUUUCAAAAUGUCUUUGGUACGCGAGUACAGGAGAAUUUCGGCAAGAAGUACUUGACGUUUUGGGAAGGAGAUAAAGGCGAUGGGAUCGGAGACGGCUAUGGUCUUGCGUAUGACGACACCUAUCGGCUGGUCUACAAAAUAUCGGCACAGAAUAUCAGGGUGCAUAGCGACCUCCAUGAGUUUGCAUUCACGGGAAAUGGAACAGCGUUAGUCACGGGAGUCAACAAGAUACGCGUUCGAGGUGCAAACUAUAAGGGAUGGAAUUUACCGUUUGAAUUCGAAAUUCUGGAUGGCAUUAUCCAGGAAAUUGACCUCGAGACAAACGAGGUACUUUUUGACUGGCGCGCUCUCGACCACGUCAACCCUUUGGACUCAUACGAAGGAAGAGGUUUGGGCUGGGAUGCCUAUCACUUGAAUAGCAUCGAAAAGACUCAGGCUGGAAACUACCUUGUCUCGAUGCGCCACAUCCACUCUAUCAUCCUGAUUGACGGAAAAACGGGCGAAAUUAUCUGGUCGUUAGGUGGCAACAAGAAUGACUUUGUCGAGCUCCCUCCACUGAAAGGAGCUGAGUCCGCCCAACCCGCACUGUCAAUGCGUUGGCAACACCAUGCUCGCUUUGUCCCCGGAACCAAUGAGACCCAGAUGACCUUGUUCGAUAACCACGUCAAGGAGACCUCACAUGGCGAGUGCGACACUGACUGCUCCCGUGGCCUGCAUAUCGCUAUCGACGACACAGUCUCGCCCCCAACUGUCCGGCUUCUACAGGAGUUCCAACACCCGUCCAAGCUGCAAGCCCAAAGUCAGGGUAGCGUCCAGGUUCUCGCACCUACUUUCAAUGACCUUGGUAAUGUGUUUGUUGGCUGGGGCCGGUGCCCGACUUUUACAGAGCACAAUGCUACUGGUGAAACCGUCAUGGACGUACAAUUCUCGCCGUGGCAUAGCCUCGACGUCCCUGAUGCACUUGACAAUUAUCGCGCCUACAAGAUGGACUGGUCAGCCACGCCUUGGUGGGAUCCUGAAAUUGCAGCAAGGAAGAAUUGGAAGGGGGAGUUGGUUAUCUACGUCAGCUGGAAUGGCGCUACUGAGGUUGCCAGUUGGGCGAUUCGAGGAGCGGCUGGAGAUUUGCGGGUGAACAAAGGCGAAAUCCUUGCCAAAUCACGACGGACUGGCUUUGAGACGAAGUUGAUGAUUGGGGAGACGGUUUGGCGGUAUCUAUGGGCCGAAGCUAUCGAUCGCGAUGGAAACGUGCUUCGGUCGAGUGAAGUUGUGGACUUAGAUACUGCUGAGUUACCCGUUGCCUCGGAUUUGUACGGAGAGUCUAACUCCGGGAUCCCUGAUUUAAAUCAACCCGAGGCGCUAUCAAGAACUGGCUUUAUCUUGAUCGCUACUGGAUCGGGGGUUCUGUCCGUGGUGAUGCUUGCAGGUGGUGUCAUCCUGUGGCACCGUUAUAAGAACUACAGCCGUCUGAGUCCUGGAGACUUUGUCUUGGAUACAGAUGAGGAAUCUGAGGAUGACAAUGAUCAUGAUGAUAAUAAUGAACCAGGAAAUGGUGAAGGUAUUGCAUUGGGCGAACCUGGAAGUGUAUACUUCCAAUCAAGGCAGGAUAAAGCUAGCUAUUCCCGUCUCCUGAGUGCAGUGGAUGGAUACUAA